AUGAGGUUAAAAGAGGGAAAAAAAAUACUCAAUCUCAAGGAGGUUGUUGAUUUUUCACUCUCAGAAUCAUCUCAAAAUGGAAUAUAUGUAGAUUCAUGCUUGACCUACGAAAAUGAAUCAUCCAUGAAGAAGGAAGAUACCAAAUGGCAAAAAAGAAGAGAUAUUUGGUGGCAGAUGUUGUUCCUAAAUACUCUGCACUUUCCGAGACAAUUGGAAUUGACUAUACUGACCUUGAAGAGAAAAACAUUGGCUAAUGCUUUGCCAGUUAGACCAUCAAUGUGGACCCUUGGCAAUGCAAGCAUGGGAGCCUUAGAGGCAACUGAUUUUAUUUUCAUGAGGAAAGGGUAUUUUAGACAUUUAAGUGAUAGGGGUAGAGAAUUGUGUGUUUAUAAAAUAUUAGAGUUUAGGAUAGUGAUAGCUUUGAUGUCAGCAUUUGAUUUCCAGAGCUCUUGGGUGGUACCAACAAUUGUAUUGAUAAGGUUUGUUGCAUGCGAUCAAAAAGGGGCCAAUAGCACCAGAGACCAUGAAGGUUAAAUCCCAAAAGAGAAAUUUCUGAAGACCAAUAUGCGAACACGAUAUUAUCUUCCACCAACAUGUUUUUUGGUGGGAAUCGGAAUUCAAUUCCAUUCUUGUAUUGUAUUUAGUUUAGCUUCAAAUGAGUAGACAAUAAUGUCCUUCAUCAACAGAAACGCAUGUCUCCCUCCAUUG